ACAAUAUCGUCACUGAACUCCCACAACACUUGAAAUGAAGCUACAUUUAAAGACCAGAGUCUCCGGUCUGCUGUGGAGUUUAGAGGAGCGGCAGCGGGAGAGAGAAUGGCGGAUCUCCGUGUGGAUAUUCAGACUGUACAAGAGGCCAAUGGACACACUCAGACAAUUACUGAAGACAGCUUUGAGUACAGACUCCUUCAAACCUACACAAAGAAGAAAGGACCCACUUACACGCCCCUAUUACAAAGCAAUGGGACAACAGAAAACAAGCCUGCAUCACCCGUGCCAUCAGCUGAGUGCAACAAAGCAAAGAAAAAUAGAAGGAAAAUAAUUGCUUUUAAUAAGCUUUUAGCUUGCAUUCGGCCACAGAAGGAACACAGUAUUCCAGUGAGUAGUAACAUCUCCAGAAGUCGGGCAUCAUCAUUUGAGGCUGGCCCAGACACGGAAGUAGACGACAUUGUCAACAAGUUGACCAAGAUCUCUGAUUCUGUGCAUUUCCAGCCUUCUGAUCUUGAAACUGACAGUGAUGAUGUAGUUGAUAAAAUAGUGGAGAUCCUCAGAGAGCAUGGAGACAAACUCGAUGAGGAGAUAAAAAACAACCGUGAGUUGAUGCAGCAGCUGCAGGGAAUUCUCUCGUACAGUUUCUUUAAGAAACUGACCAGGUUCUUUAUUCAGAGAGUAACCCCAGAAGAGGCACCUCCUGUAAAACACCCAAAGGAAGCCCACAUCGCUCUUAUCUGUGAACUCACCAGCCGUCUGACAGUCAUGGACCGCCACCCAAUGAACAGAGUGCUGGGAUUCGGUGCCAAAUACCUCCAGGAAAAUUACACUGCCUGGGUCAACCAACAGGGGGGCUAUGGUAAAGUUUUUAGCUCAGACGAUGAGAAGGAGGACGAGUGAACCAGAAGAACUGUGGACUUUCACUCUCUGCCUGUGAUUCAUUCAAGCUUUAAUUUCAUCAGCAAGUCUUAAAAUUCAUCUCAGGGAUUACGUCACUUUAGAAAAUCAAUGUAUGCCUGUUUGUACUUCUUUGAAGAGCUGCUGGUAUCAUUAUGUGUCAAAUAUGUUGCAGGUUUGCACACAAAUUAAACUAUAUAUAUAUAUUUUUUUUUUGCAAAUUACAUACACCAAGUUCUGUCUUCAGGGUUUUUUUAAUCAUAGGACAAAAAUUGUGUUGCUGAAUUAUAUUCCAUUAUUGUGCAGCCAUAUGAUGUUUUAAACAAGUCAAACAAUUUAGACUGUGUACAUAUAAAGCUUUAUACAAAAAGAGUACGUUUGGUACAUUUUACUUUACAACAUACUGAAUAUGAUUUAUGUUUAUUUUAACAACUUUUGCCAAAAAAUGUUUUAAAAAACUGUUUUGGUCUGUCUUUUUAUUUAGGUGUUUUCAGGGUAGUGAAUACUACUUAUUGUAAUACUCAUACAUAUUAAUAUUGUACAGAAGAAGGUGGUUUGUGUGUGUGCUUAUUCAAAUCUGUCUGAUUAUAUGAAAGUAUGUAAUGUGUCAUUUUUAAUUUACAAUAAAUGUAAUUUUACAUUAAA